AUGAAGAAACUCUCGAAAACUCAGACGAUCUCUCGAAGCGCAAGCUUCGAUAAGUUCCCGCUCAUUUCCCUUAAGGCUCCCAAGAAAGAGCUUUUAGACCAGUUGAAGGAUGCUUGCACCCGUGUGGGGUUCUUCCAUAUUAAGGACCAUGGAGUGCCUGCCGAUAAGAUUGAAGCUUUCUUCAGCAUGGCCGAGAAGCUUUUUGCUCAAGAGAAAGAAGUGAAGAACCAGAUCAACCAUAAGCAGAGCAAGAUCCUUCGAGGCUAUGAGCCCCCCCCCACCGAGGUGCGAACAGAUGAAAAUCGCAAACCCGAUGUGAAUGAAGCAUUCAACUGGGAUUACGAGAAAGAGCUCGAUCCUCUCUGGAACGAUACGGAGGCCACAGCAGAUGCGCUGGGUAUCGGUGCCCAUACUGGCAUCGAAUUGUACACCAUCCUUGCCCCAGGAACUGUUCCGGCACUGCAAAUUCUCAACACUAAUGGAGAGUAG